CUGCGGCGUCUGAGGUCAUCACGUGGUGGGCUGGACGAAGCUCCUCCUAUCCCUACGCGCUCCCGAUACUCUGUGACACAAGGCGCGUUCCCGCAGAACAGAAGUGCAGGUCAAUCAACUAUACAUGUCACGCGGUGACUGAAAUAGGAUAAGCCCAGAUAUGGCGGGGGGGCGUCGGGGCCCGAACCGGACGUCUUACUGCCGCACUCCGCUUUGUGACCCGGGAUCUGCAGGUGGUGCAGUCCAUGGUGGGACCCCUACUGUGAGUGGCGUGAGAUCAAGAGUCAGGAGUAGCUCCAGUACAGGCUUGUCCAGUCCCCCUCUUGCAGCCCAGACGGUGGUACCUCUGCGUCACUGCAAGAUCCCUGAACUACCUGCAGACCGCCACCUCUUGUUUGAGCUGCAGCUUUUUCUAUGUCACCUCAUUGCCUUGUUUGUGCACUAUAUUAAUAUCUACAAGACUGUUUGGUGGUACCCACCAUCUCAUCCCCCUUCACGUACUUCUCUGAACUUCCACCUGAUUGAUUUUAAUGUGCUGACCCUCACAACGAUUGUGCUGGCUCGAAGACUGAUUGCGGCCAUUGUGCGGGAGGCCUCGCAAGGAGGGAAAUCUUCUCUGCCACACUCCUUGCUCCUGGUGGCUACAAGGUUUGCAGUGCUGACUGGAACAGGAUGGAGUUUAUGUCGUUCCUUGAUUCUGCUAUUCAGGACACACUCCUUUCUCAACCUGCUUUUCUUAUGCUACCCAUUUGGUAUGUACAUCCCUUUUCUGCACCUUGGGUAUGAUUUCCGGCGUUCUAGCCUCUUUGCCCAUGUUCCUGGCACUCAUGUUGGUGGAGACAUAGGACCUGUAGAUAAGGCAGGUCGGGAUUACCUGACCGUGUUGCAGCACAUGUGGAGGCCCAGCACUGAUCCUCUGCCCACGCACGCAUGUUGCCUCUCUCCUGACCUAAUCCGCAGUGAAGUGCAUUACCUGAAGCUGGACUUCAACUGGCGUGUUCGGGAGGUGCUGCUCAGCUCCAUGCUUUCUGCAUACUACGUGGCCUUUGUGCCUGUGUGGUUUGUCAAGAGCACUCAAUAUUAUGACAAGCGGUGGUCAUGUGAACUGUUUCUCCAAGUUUCCCUCAGCACCUCUGUGAUCCUCACCCAGCACCUCUUGCCUGCACGGUACUGCGAUUUAUUGCACAAGGCAGCAGCUCACCUCGGCUGCUGGCAAAAAGUGGACCCAGCUCUGUGCUCCAACAUGCUGCAACACUCAUGGAUGGAGGAGUGCAUGUGGCCCCAGGGUGUUCUGGUAAAACACAACAGGAAUGUCUACAAAGCUGUUGGCCACUAUAAUGUAGCCGUUCCCUCCGAUAUGUCUCAUUUUCGGUUUCAUUUUUUCUUUAGUAACCCACUGCGGGUCCUGAACAUUUUAACAGUGCUGGAGGGAUUUCUCAUAUUUUACCAAUUGUAUUCACUUAUGUCAUCAGAGAAGUGGCACCACACUAUCUCUCUAGCCCUCAUACUGUUCAGUAAUUACUACGCCUUUUUCAAGCUGCUGCGUGAUCGGAUUGUACUGGGGAAAGCCUAUUCUUAUACAGGGGUCUCAGACUCUGAACAGAAGCUGAACUGAGUCCACCCCAAGCAUCAAAGCUCUGUAUUUUUGUUACAAUUGCUUUGUUUCUUUGUGUAAUUAAAAGCAAGAGCAUAUUUUUUUACUCUGAAA